CUUCACCGAAACAAGAAAAUUCGCUAGCGCUUCUUCCACUCGGCCUGCUUCAACACAUACACUCCAUACCUCCCACAAAGCUUCAACCACAGCUACACACUUCCAACUUAUCAACACCCAUUGCGAAGACCACCAGCACACCCUUCAACAUCCACCGCCAUGGCAUCCCACAGCCGCCUCAUGUCGCGCGCAGCUCUACGCCUACGCGACCUGCGUCUCAACGGCGCCCGCGCCGCAGCAACACCCACCACAGCCAGCAAAGUCACCAAGCCCUCCCGUCCCGAAACGGGCGCAAUCAAGAAGCCGCACCUCAGCCGCCGCGCGCAGGGCCACGCAGAAGCACGCCUAAGCAAGCUGCGCCUCGCUCUGCACCAACAUCUCUACACAGGCGAGGAAUUCAAAGACAACCAGGGCCGCCUCAACAAAGAAACACGCGGGCGGGUCAGAAUGCUGGGCACCGUUCAUGCCGAUGGCAUGCUGGACGCAGAGACUAUCCCGCCGCCUCGCCCGGCGAAAUGGCAGACCGACGAGGAAAUCAGGCAGGAGAGGUUGAUGAAGGAACUCGGGCGCGGGCAGAGUCCGCUGAGGAGCGUGGAUACGAUCAGAACCCAGAGGGAGAUCGAGGAGGAGUGGGGAUUGAUGCCCGGUGAGGGGUGGAGAGGGCAGGAGGAGCUGGAGAUGAGAGUAGCGAUCGACGUUUGGCGGGCGAGGUCGAAGGAUGAGAAGUGCAUGGAGUUUGCUGCUUCGGGCGGACGGUCCCAGCCUGAGGAGAGUCUCGCAGGUGUUUGGAGAGAGUUGGAGGGUGGGGGAGAUGCAGAAGUGGAGACUGUGGCGCGGUGGGCGUGGGAGCGGGAGGUGGAGAGGAGGAAGGCGCGAGAGUGGGCGGUUAUGGAUCCUACGUGUCGACGGGUGGUUGGAGAUGUGUGGGCUGUAAGCGCCAAUUUGUAGGGGUUCUGGGGGUCGGAAGGUUGUUGGUUUGAGUUCCUCGCAUGCCGGUAUGCUCACCCUUUGGGGUUUGAGUCACGGACAUGCUGGGUUGACUCGCCUAUG